CGCUGCCGCUGUCAAUAUGGGCGUGAACUGAAUGGAUGUAUUAGACGUAGUGAUUAUUGUGUUACAUUGAGUUAAUUAAUGGAUUCGAUUUAGUGAAUUACAUUUGAACUCUCCAAGGAAAUAAGGUUCUGUCAUACCGCCUCGCCUCGGUCGCCCCUUUACCGUCACUCCUCUGGUGAUCCGGUAGGAGUGUUGCCAUGGUGAUGGAGGAGGGCGCUCUGAGCUGCCUGCUGCGCUCGCGUCCCGUCCUGGAGCAGGACAUCAAGGCCACCUACCUGAUGGACCACCUGGUCAGCGACGGGGUGCUCAGCAGGGACGAGGAGGAGCGCGUCAGGAGCAAGCCCACCAGGAGGGAGCAGGCGGCGGCCCUGCUGGAGCUGCUCCUGUUGAAGGACAACGAGGCGUACGUGUCGUUCUACAACGCCCUGGUGAGGGAGAGCUACGGAGACCUGGCCAACCUGCUGCACACCAGCCUGCCGCUGGGCUCCCCCGAGGCCCAGCGCAGCUUCACCGACGCGGGCACGCCCAGAGUCCAGGCGGUCCUGCGGGAGGGGGGCGUCCCCCAGAGGCCCGUGGUCUUCGUCCAGAGACCCCGGCUGGUGCAGCAGCUCCGCCAGCAGCUCCAAGGCCUCCUGAAGGAGCCCGGCUGGGUGGUGCUCCACGGCAUGGCCGGCUCAGGGAAGUCCGUCCUUGCAGCGGAGGCGGUCCGUGACCACGCACUCCUUGAAGAGUGCUUCCCCAGUGGGGUCUACUGGCUGUCCAUCGGCCAGCUGGACCGCUCUGACCUGCUGGCCCGCCUCCAGACCCUGUGCUUCCGCCUGGAGCAGAGCCAGGAGCUCCAAGGGCCCGGCCGGACCCCCGGCUCCCUGGAGGAGGCCAAGGAGCGCCUGCGCUUCCUGCUGCUGCGACGCUUCCCCAGGUCUCUCCUGAUCCUGGAUGAUAUAUGGGACAGCUCGGCUCUGAAGGCGUUUGACGUCCACAGCAGAGUCCUGAUCACCACCAGAGACCGCAGCAUCGCCGACACCGUCAACGGUGUCCGCCAGGAGGUGGAGGUGGAGAGUGGUCUGGAUGAGGACAAGGCCCUGGAGAUCCUAGCCAUGUACGUCAACACCAAACCCCAGCAGCUGCCUGAGCAGGCCCGCAGCAUCGUGCAGCUCUGCAAAGGCUUCCCCCUGGUGGUGUCGCUGGUGGGCGCCCUGCUCCGCGACUUCCCCGACCGCUGGGCCUACUACCUCUCGCUGCUGCGCCGCAAGCAGUUCCGCCGCAUCCGCAAGUCGUCGUCGUACGACUACGACGCGCUCGACCAGGCCAUGGACGCCAGCUUCCAGGUGCUGCCCGAGGACCAGAGGGAGCUCUACCGCGACCUCACCGUCCUGGAGAAGGACACCAAGGUCCCCGCGCAGGUGCUGGCGGUGAUGUGGGACCUGGAGCCCGAGGAGGUGGAGGACAUCCUGCAGGACUUUGUCAACAAGUCCCUGCUGUUCCGGGACUGCCACCAGCGGCCGUACCUCUACUACCUCCACGACCUGCAGCUGGACUUCCUGGCAGAGCAGAACCGCAACCAGAUAGAGGCUCUGCAUGCUAAGGUGGUGCAUCAGUACCAGAAGCACUACAGCCAGGGACCUCCGACCUCCGGGGACACAGAGUCCCUCUACUGGUUCAGGUUCCUCACCCACCACAUGGCCCAGGCCAAACUGACCAAGGAGCUGUCCUCUCUGAUGUUCUCUCUGGACUGGGUGAUCACCAAGGCCCGGGUGGUAGGCCCCUCCCCCCUCAUCAACGACUACGUGGACCACGGCGCCGUGCUGGACCGAGAGAACAGCGCGGUGCGGGGCCAGUUCCAGGAGUUCCUGUCCCUGACGGGCCACCAGCUGGAGCAGCGGCCCUUCCCCGACGUGGUGCAGCUGGCCCUGGCCCAGCCCCAGGGCUCUGAGGUCCACCGCCAGGCCCUGCUGCAGGCGCGGGCCGCCGCCACCAGGGGGAGCCUCUACUUCGACUGGCAGAACCACAGCGGGGUAGACAGCGUGUCUCGCCUGGUGGUGCAGCCCAACCUGGGCCCAGUCUACUCGGCCUGCUUCUCCCACGACGGCUCCAAGAUCGCCGCCUGUGGAGCCAGCAACAUGCUCAGGGUGUUUAAGAGCACCUCUGGGGAGAAGCUCCUGGAGGUCACCGCCCACGAUGACGAGGUGCUCUGCUGCGCAUUCUCCCCCGACGACCGUCUCCUAGCAACCUGCUCUGCCGACCGCAAGGUCAAGGUGUGGAACGCGGAGCGGGGCAGUCUACUCAGGAAGUUUGAGGAGGAGCACGAGGAGCAGAUUAACCACUGUGUGUUCACCAACGGCCCGCGCUGCCUCCUGCUGGCCACCUGCUCCAAUGACGGCUUCAUGAACACCAAGCUGUGGAACCUGAACAAGCCGUCCUCCCAGAACACCAUGUUCGGCCACCUGGAGCCCGUCACCCACUGCAGCUUCUCCCCCGACGACAAACACCUGGCCACCUGCUCCCGGGACGGCUCCCUGAAGCUGUUCGGCGUGUCCUCAGCUAAUGAGUGGAAGUCGUUCAGCGUGAAGGAUCUGUUCCAGGAGGAGGAGGAGGGGGAGGAGAGCGAGGUCCACGUCAAGUGCAGCACCUGGUCGCCCGACGGAACGCGGAUCAUCUGUGCUGCUAGGAACGCUGUCUUUGUGUUCAGUGUGGAGAGCUCCGAGCUGCUGCUGGAGAUCCACAGCAGCCGGGGCAGCACGGUGCAGUACCUCCACGCCUGCCCCAUCAGCGGCUUGCUGGCCGUCGCCCUGUCCCACUACACCGUGGAGCUGUGGGACCUGGACUCCACUAAGAAGGUGGCGGACCUCUGCGGUCACCUGAGCUGGGUCCACGGCGUCCAGUUCUCCCCCGACGGGACCAUGCUGCUGUCCUGCUCCGACGACCACACCGUCAGGCUGUGGGAGACCAGUAGGGUCCAGACCUCCUCCGCCGUGAGACUGAAGAGAGACACCAGCGCGCUCUUCACCGGAGACCGCAUCACCGUGGUCGCCGCCGACAACUGCAACCGACUGCAGGUGCGUGAGGGCCGGACCGGGGAGGUGAUGUUCCAGUCGGAAGAGCAGCCCUCCAGGAUCCGCUGCACGUGUCUGAACAGCGAGCCCAGCAUGGCCGCCCUUGGGAGGGAGGACGGCACCCUCCAGGUGCUGGCGGUCCCCUCGGGGGCCAGCCUGGCCCAGCUGAAGGGCCACACCCGGACGGUGCUCCACUGCUGCUUCAGCCGGGACGGACACACCCUGGUCUCCUCCUCCGAGGACUGCACCUUAAGGGUGUGGAGGUGGAGGACAGGUGAGUGCCAGGUGCUGCAGGGCCACAGGGAGCAGGUGAGGUGCUUCACGUUGCUCUACAGCCCUGAGGAACAGCUGCUGUCCUGGUCCUACGACGGGACCCUCAAGCUGUGGGAGGUGUGUAGUGGGGCUCUCCUCCAGGAUGUGGAGGCCCACCACCGUCAGGCCAUCCUGUCCUGUCAGGUCUCUGCUGACGGACGGCUGGCGGCCACCACCUCGGCCGACCGCACCGCUAAGCUGUGGAGCUGUGAGAGCUGGCUCUGUGUCCGGCUGCUGCAGGGACACAAGGACUGCGUCCGCUCCUGUCGCUUCUCGUGGGACAGCCAGCGCCUGGCAACGGGGGACGACAACGGGGAGAUACGGCUGUGGAACGUGGCGGACGGCUCCCUGGCGAGGAUCUGCUCCCGGGAGGGUAAGGACCCCAUGGACUCUCUGCACGGCGGCUGGGCCAGCGACCUCCACUUCUCCCCCGACGACACCCUGCUGGUCUCGGUGGGGGGCUACAUCAAGUGGUGGGACGUGGGGCGGGGCGAGGCCCUUCAGACCUUCUACCCCCGCGGCACCAACCUGAAGCGGAUCCACGUGUCGCCCGACUUCUCCACCUUCGUCACCGUCGACAACAUCGGGAUACUCUACGUCCUCCAGCGGGUGGUGGGAACUCUCCCUGAACACCACCCUUGCACCCUAGUACCUUACAAUACUAGUACUUAAGGAUCAGUAAUGGGAUUAAGUAAACUGUAAAUACUGAAUAAGUACAGUGCCGUACACAAAGUACUUGAGCGAAGUACUACCAGAUUUUCCGUUAUCCAAUUGUGCUUUAAGUAGUUGAGUGCCCACCAGCAAACCCUCUUUAAUGAGGACUUUACCCCCGAUGGUGGACUGGGGGGAGGAGCCUUUACACCCGAUGGGGGAGGAGCCUCUCUGAGUGUAUUAUAUUGAUAUUUUUUUAAGUUGCAUGAUUCCUUGAUUUUGUUAUUUGAGAUACCAAAGGGUUGAUCUGAAUCUAAGAGCGAUGGAAUCGUUGGAUGGAUGUGAUUCCUGCGGCCUUGUGAUCCACGUCAGGAUUCUGGGAGGUAGAGUGGUCUUUGAAAUCCAAGCCCAGUGUUGUGAACACGCUGACGUGUGUCGUGCUGUCGUAUCCACUGGUCGUUCUGCUCCAGUCUGCUGGGAUGUUUCUAGUUAACUUAUGAAUUUCACUGUGACGUUGACCAUGUGCCAGGGUCUAAAAGCUGGGGGUUUAGGUAAGGGUUAGGGUUAGGGUGGUGGAUUAGGUUUUCAUGUAGCAGCUUCUCAGGUGAAUCCUGUAUAUGUGACUAAUGCAGCGAAGCCUUAAGACGCAACACAAUGGAUGUGCUUUCUUUACCUUUAAUAAGAAAGGGUUAGGGUUAGGGUUAUUAUAAUAGACAAUCCUAUUGCUACUUUGGGCAGCUUCUGGGAUAAUUUCUCCUCUUUGCUUUUAUAUCCAACUUCCAUCAAUUUGAAAUCUUUUAUGAAAGGAUUCGUUUUUUUUUACUUUUGGACAGCAUUUUGUGUAUCAAGCUGCUUCUGCGAAUGCAAUUCUGAUUCCUGUUUCUGUCUGAGCCAAGUGUAUGACAGGGUGAGGGUUGGUCCUCAGCCGCUCAGCUCGACCAACGUGUCUUACCGCUGAGCCAAUCACAGCCUCUGAACUUUUGCGACUUUUUAUCUUCAAUUCUUUGGUGGACUUGUUGAAGUCCUUCAGAGUAGAACACGUAGCUCUGCAGUUGAUGGAUCAUUUAUUCCUGAACUUAUGGCAUGUAAUCAAAGACAAUAAAAAAUAUAUUUGACUGAAUAUCGCUCAUCAAAUUGGUGCUUGUUGGUGGAAAACCAAACAGUCACAGGGAUUAAUAAGGGUUAGUACUACUUACCCUAAUUCAUCAAUGAGGGCUAGUAGUACUACUAACCCCUACUCAUCAUGAGGGUUAGAUCUACCCAACUCAUCGUAAGGGUUAGUACUACUUUAACUCAUCAAUGAGUGAAUGCUAACAUCUACUCAGGUUUAAUCGGGCUGUUUCACUGUUGUUGUUUUUUAUAUGUUUGACACAUACACAAUAAAAUAUUCAGAAAUAAGUCAUGUUUGUCUUUAUUAAGUUCUUUGCUUGCAAUUGGUAAAUCUAAAUUUGCCGACACAGAAUAUUCUCACAGUGCAUCACAUGGUUACUAAAACAAUGACUUAAAUCUUACCUCCAGAAAGCUUUUUGUCAUGUCUGUAGGAUUCCACUUUACCUUUCAGUCAUCCGAUUGGCCCCAGUGGAUGACUCGGGGCCUUUUUGUCUGCCUGCCCUCGUUGAGCAUCACCG